AGCGUGAUGGCGAUAUAAAAAUAAAAGUGAAGUUUGCUGUAGUUGAAAUGUGGAUGGUAAACACUGAGUUAACAGUGCUUUGUACACCAACCCUUUGCGGAUGACAAUUCUGUUGAUGUGUACCGUUUGUUUAUGUUUUGUGCUUCUGAGCUGCGUUAAUCCGGGAGGGAACAAUCGGGAUGUCUGAGGGAAGAAAAAAUAAGAAAGGCGGUGGGAAGAAGAUUUUCUAUUAUCAACAGGAAAGUAAACGUACUGUGAUUCUAAGUAAAAGAGAAGGUACCAGUAAGGAUGAAAAGUCUUCUAAAAAAACUCAAGUGGAGGAGAAAAUUCAACCGAAAAUCCUCCUCAAAGUGAAGGAAAGAGAACCAACUCCAUCUGCGACUCCCAUUGUCAUAGCAACACGAGAAAGCCAUGACCCUCCAUCGUCACAAAGCCCUAGUACUAUCAGUAUCCAAAGUAAAGAAAGAGAGGCUGGACCCUCACCUGUAAACAUAACUAUUGAACAACCCGUGCAGCCGAUACCUCAGAUGAGUCGUUCUGUUCCUCUGAUCUCGAGUGCGCUUUAUCAAGUUAACCAAAACGCAGCUAAAUUCUUCAUGAAAACGAAUACUGACUUUUUCGUAGUGAGCGUAAUAGGAACGCAGGGUGUUGGCAAAUCAACAAUCCUAAAUCUUUUAACCUCCGACGACAAUCGCGAUGAUAUUUUCAAUCACUAUUUCAAGGAAAAGGAGGGCAUAUUUCCAGUCAAACCAAAGAACGGAUCAUUGUCGUCAUGCCCACGUACCGAAUCUAUUCAGAUGUUUAUCACAAAAGAUCGCAUGAUAUUGCUUGACUGUCCGCCAGUUCUAUGCAAUUCGUAUCGUAAAGAUGCAACGUUGAAUGAAUUGGAUGAUAUCAAACUUUUAAUAUUUAUUCUAACAGCAAGUCAUUUGGUGAUUGUCGUGCAAGAUGACUACUUCAAUUUGAACUUGAUACGUCUCCUGCAAUUCGCAGAACUGGCUAAGCCAAAUCCUGACAAUAAAUGCUUCAUUGCAGACUACUUCCCGAAUAUGCUGUUUGUAAGGAACAAUGGAAAACGUAUUGAUUUCCUGGCAGAGGAAAAAGUUAAAAAACAGGCAAUCUUGCGACAUUUUUUCAAACGAAGUCAUUUGAAAAUAUACGUUGGACAGUGGGAUAAACAGAAGAAAGGUCGGCAAGAAGGCGGAGAAAGGUGUGUGAAUUAUUUCGUUUUUCCCGAAGUUAAAAGUGACGCCCUAAAUGCUUACCACCCCAGCUUAGAACUCGUUAUAGCUGAUCUUCGAAACCGCGUCUACAUGUCGCCACGAAAUCAAAUGUAUAAUGGAAAUACUGAGCUAACCGAGGGGCUUUGGUUUGAACUGAUAUCCUCAACCGCUUCCAACAAGAGGAAUUUCUUUCUGUCAGCAUAUGAAGACAUUCGGAGGAGCCACAACCAUACUGGCGCCGAAUCAGGAUCGAAAGGUUCAAUGGGAUACGGAGAUGUUGAUUAAAUAAAAUAUCAUUUUUUUUUUAUUUUUAUUAUAUCAUUUACUUGAAAGGGAGGCAGUGAAAUAAAAACUUAUUAAAUUA